GACCGAGUUUAAAAAGGGGAGUACGAAUUGAUGCACCACGCAUCCAGUCGUCUUGCUGUUGGAAUAUCUUAGAUGGACAAUGGUUCUUUUUAUUGUGUUUGCAUUAUGUAGCGUUAUUUUAGCUGCACAUUCAAUUCAAGCGCAGAGUACGGGAGAUGUAAGGUUGACCAAUUCUAAGAGGCUUGAAAUUUACUACAGUGGUGAAUGGGGUACAGUUUGUGAUGAUGAGUUUGAUGACAACGACGCUAAAAUAGCCUGUAAACAACUUGGAUACAGCAAUGGAAAAUCUUUAGGAAAUGCAGUAGAUGAUGGCAGCGGCAAAAUAUGGCUUGACGACUUAAAAUGCACGGGAAGUGAGAGUAAACUACGGUACUGUUAUCAUGCAGGAUGGGGCAAAGAAAAUUGCAAGCAUGAUGAAGAUGUGGGAAUUCUUUGCGAUAACAAUAGUCCAGUUAAUGGUGGCUGGUCAACAUGGGCACAAUGGACGACAUGUAGCAGCAGCUGCAAUGGUGGUCUACAGACCAGAACACGUGAAUGCAAUAACCCUAUACCUCAAUAUGGAGGGACAUGCUGUAAUGGAGCGUCAUCACAUACCAUAAAAUGCAAUACUGUAUCUUGUCCAGUAAUUGAUGGCGGUUGGUCAACGUGGACCAACUGGACGGAUUGUAGCAGACUUUGUAAUGGUGGGCUAAAUGAAAGAUCACGUUACUGCGACAGUCCGCCUCCAUUUAAUGGUGGAUUGUAUUGUGAUGGAACGCCAACCGAAGCACAACUAUGCAACACCGUUUCUUGUUCAGGCAUAGAGUCAAAAAUGGUGCUAGCUUUAAUAGUUGGUGGAGUAGCUGUGGGAUGCAUUUUAAUUACAGUUGCUUUGGUGUUGAUUUGUAAACAUGUGGUUGAAAGCAAGCAAAUACAGAAGAAAGCAGUUGCAAAUACGUGCUUUCAAGAAGAAAAGGAAGAGUUGUACAUAUAUCAAGAAUCAGACCAGCAGGCACAAGGCAAUAGGACCUUUCAAGAAGAAACGUGA